AAUGGUGUAUUGCGAGAUCGGCUUAUUGCUCGCGGAAAUCUUGCAGAUAUUGAACCGAUGGAGAUAGACACUAGCAUCGGCUUUGAUGACGUUGGUGGCCACGCAGAACAGAUCCGCGCACUCAAGGAAACCGUUAUUCUGCCCCUUAUAUAUCCUGAGGUGUUUGCUCGCUUUAAAAUUGAACCGCCCCGCGGUGUUCUCUUUCACGGUCCACCAGGUAAUUUUUAA